AUUUUUAACGAAUGUGUGGCUGGUAUAAAGAAGAUUCAGGAUGUACCCAUUAAGGGGUACAUUCAAGACGCAAAAACAGACUCGCGCUGCGAAAUGUUCAGCAGCUAUUCUUUAUCAGGGGAAUGUGACAAUAAAUGCUGAAUCGUUUUGAAUGCAACUUGCAUUAGUCGAAGGAGUUGCCCUCUCUCAACAGCAUCAAAUUUAUGAUCACUAGCGACUAGAAAGGUUUUAAAGCUAAGGUUAAAAGCUGCUAUACGUUAUGUUAAUUUAAAGAAAAGCGCAACAUUUGUGAACAGUUAGGAGUAACUUCAUUAUGAAGGUAUUGCUCUGAGUUGUAAUUAUCCACGGAUGGACCUGGUGCCUGUCGCCUGAGACACCGUUUACAAUCGGCGGAGAUACCGACGAGGCGGGACCACCGACAGGAUGGUGGAGCGGUCUGACCGAGCCCCUCUGCUGGACUGGGAGGAGGUCCCGUCCGCGGAGAAACCCGGCGGUGCAGCACCUGGGGUGGCUCACACCAAGGACCGACUGUCGAGUCCCUCCAACAGCCGUGCCUCAUCAGGAUGCUCCGCGCCGGGGUUUGGGUGGAGCAGCGGACCAGGGGGUCCCACUCCCAACAGGUCUGUGUCCAGCGCAGACGGCUGCGGCGCCCCACCCACGACCUCCAACACCCCGGCGACUGCGGAUGAACCACUGCCUCCUGACAAGGAGGAGCAUCUUUCGGAUCCAAAACCUGGGAAGGUGUCGCUGGAGGACAGGGUGGUGAAAUGGGAAGAAAAGGACCAGAUUGUAUCAGUUUUUGUAGUUACAUUCAAUACCAGAUCAGGAAAUAUGCUGGAGUGGUGUCUGCCCAAAGAUAUGGACCUGGAUGGAGUGGAGUUUAAAGCCAUCGCCAGUGGCUCCCACCGAGUCACCACAGACUUCAUCUACUUCCGUAAGGGCUGCUACUUUGGCCUCGCCUGCUUUGCCAACAUGGCAGUGGAGAGCACAGCAGAGAGGGGGGCGAGGAUGAAGUCGGUGGGGAUCCUGUCUCCUUCCUACACCCUGCUCUACCGCUAUAUGAGCUUCCUGGAGCAUCAGGUCAGGCUUCAGCUUCAGUCCCCGGGCCAUUACUCACCCCUGGAAGCUUUCUAUGAGGACAAGAGAGCGCUUCUGCCACCCAGUGGAGAAGAUGUUAUUACUGCACUACCAGCCAAUGCCUGGGGAGCUGCUAUCAACCACAGCAUGCACCCUGAGAUGAAGAUCACCCAUCCGGCAGGCUGCAUGUCCCAGUUCAUCCGCUUCUUUGGGGAGCAGAUCAUGGUGCUUUGGAAACUGGCUCUCCUCCGCAGGCGCAUCCUCAUCUUCUCCCCUCCACCUGUGGGUGUGGUCUGCUACAGAGUGUACUGCUGCUGUUGCCUGGCAAAUAUUUCCAUUCCCGGGGUUGGCAUGGCCGUGCCUGAGUUCCGACCCUUCUUCUAUGUUAAUGUUGCUGAUAUCAGCGCCCUGGAAAAUGAGCUCUCCUACGUAGCAUGUACUACUGAGAAGAUCUUUGAGGAGAAGAAAGAUCUGUAUGAUGUGUACGUGGAUAAUCAGAAUGUAAAAACCUACAGAGAUGGUCUGAAGCCUCUGCUCCGCCUCAGCAAUGCAGACAGAGAGAAGUAUCGCAAACUCACAGAGCAGAGGCAGAUGCUGCUGUAUUCCCAGGAAGAGAGUGGAGAGCUCAUGUCCAGCGAGGAGGAUCUCUUCAUUUUGUUCUUCCUGGAGCAGAACAACAGGAUUUUUCAGACUCUAAGUGAGGUGGCAGGGAGUCCCGACCCAACUGUAACCCAGGAGAGCGUGAGGGCCAUGGGUCUGGAUCCACAUGGAGACAGGCUCUUUCUGCUCCAUCUGCUGGAAAUCUAUGGCUAUGACAGCCUGAUGGUGUCAGAGCAGCUGUGCUGCAGCUGAGAGUUGAAUGACUGCUGUUUUUUUUCUGUCUUUCAUCACUGCUGGUUUCAAUAGGGGGGCUGAUUUGCCUCAAACAGCUGCACUACUGGUUUAUUGGAGUCUUCAGGACACAGUAGGAGCCUCCAGGAGGAUCUCUAGAGUUUUGUUCACAACCCGAUUCUUUGACCUCUCCUGUCCUAGCAAUCAGUUCGACUUGAUAGAGGCUCAUUGAGAUAACUCCCCUGUGAGGUUCCUCAGAUGUGGAUCAGAUACAAUACAGCCACAUCUGAAUACCACCAGUGCAGUGGAGAGUCCUGUAGAAGAUGAAGCCAGUGACAUUUUUGGUGAAAAAAAAACUUGUUCUGAAUAAUUAAUGUAUGAGCGUGAAAGAGGUUGGCUAUAUGUAAAUAAUGCCUUUUUGUCCUUUAUGUACUGUGUGUCAGUGUAUGUGUGACUUGGGGUCUGAAUCUCUGGUAGAGUUGCACUCGUCGUAUAAACUGCUGGAUUUACAAAUCCAAUUUUUUUUAGCUUCUGUGUCAAAAUCAGGGCCUCUUGUAUUUUGUUUUCAUCACCAGUUCAAACUGCCUUUCCCUUCCUUCAACCUAUGACUGUAAGACCACAGUUUAAGUGGCAUUUACUGCAACGAAACAUAGAUGUUGCCUAAUAAUUGUGUUAUUGUGACAUAAUUGUGACACAAUUGUGUUUAAGAGACAAAGCUUUUACUAAAGACUGCGAGUCCAUGUGGACUUUUGAGUGUGAGAAUAGCUAAUUUGCACCCAAUCAAACUUUUGAUUUAUUUCAAGUGUGAGAAAAAGGCAGGGAGUUAACCCACAACUUCAGGUAAUUGUGUUUGUAGAACUAGCCAACAUCCAGAAAAGAUCUAAGAACAAGCAGGAGAAGACAUAGUUUUUGUAUCUUUGAAGCACACACUGCAUGCAAGAUAGUUUUUAGUUCAAGCAAAACAAGAGGGGUUUUUCAUUGGCUUUAGAGCACAACUAAGCUCAGUUUAGGUGGCUUGCAUCCAUUUGUUUUUGGAUUUGGUUCACAACUGUGUCUUCAAUGCAACUGCCAGUAGUUUUUGUUUUGGAUGCAUGGUCCAACCAUCCACGUUUCAUAAAACUAUAAUUGUUAAGACUGAAUCAUCAGUGGAAAUUAGUGGUUUGCAAAAUAUUGUUCUUUAAGCUAAUUUCCCACUUGGUGGGACAUUUUUAACUCAAUCUGCAUACCUCCAUAGAUCAGGAACAGCUCCUAUAAAACUCCAAGUUAAGUUUCUUUUGAAUAAUAAGCACUAGAUUAAAAAAACAUGCAUUGAAGAACAUUUCUAAUUAAACGUGAUAGAAACAUGCUGUACAGUAAGCUAACCAGGUGCUUUUGGUCAUCAAGUGUUGCACACAUGAAAGGAUGUACACAUUUUUUCCAACUGUGAUUCUUUUUCAUGUUUAUUUUAGGUCAUUUUAGCAGAAUGUAAAUAUCAGUUUCCUGUAUUUCGUUGUAAUGAAUUGGGAUCAGUUGAAUGUGUUUUAUACAGCAGUUAUGAUCCUACAGAGCCUGUGUGUUACUGAACCUCAUCUCCAAC